GAAAAUGUCUGGUGAUUGUUCAUCAUCAAAAAGAACUUCACUUUCCUCAUUUCAACAGCCCUUAAAUAGUUGUACUAAUGCAUCUUCUGAUGUUGAACAAUUUAGAAUUAAUGAGACAAUUCGAAUUCGUGAAAGCUUGGCAGAUUUAAAUUCUAAAGAUCUCAGAAAUUAUUUUAAAGGAGUGAGGAAAUUGUGUGAUGAAUUGGAAGCUAAAAAGGAAGAUUUGGAGGUAGAUUCAAUUGUCCAUCAACAAAAUUUAAAGCAAAUGGAAGCUUCCUUAAAACAACUAAAAAACAAUUUAUCUUCAACUAGAGAAAAAAUAUUUAACGAAAAUUUGCUUUUGGUUGAUUUGUUUAAUAAAUGUAAUGAAAAAAUUAAAGAGGCAGCUCCAGAAUUAUUCGAAAAAAUUGAAAUUUUACGAGAAUUGCAGCAAAAACAAAGUUAUUUAAAAUUUUUAAAAUAUUUUGUGAAUUUGAGAGAUGAAAUUAGAAGGUGUUUAAGAAAAGGAAAUUAUUCCUUGUUGUUGGAUAAUUAUCGAAAAUUGCGGAAAAUACCUAAAGAAAAUAUUGAGUAUUUAAUGGUUAAAGACUGUCGUCGAGAUUAUACAGUCAAAUCAGCCUCUUUAGCUCAAUUUUUACAAUUAGAAUUAAAUUCAACUCUUUUUCUUGUAUUUUCUCGUAUUCACUUUCCUUUUGAAGAACCGGUUGAUUUUAAUACUUUAAAGCCUCAACUUGUUCAAACUGCUCAAAUUUUGAAGUGUUUAAGAUUGAUAAAUAUUGAAGCAUCCCCAGCCAAAAAUAGCGAAAAAGAAUUGUCACCAAGUGAAGAGCCAAUGGAACUAGUUUUGGGUGAAUUUGAUAAACGUUUUAAUUAUCACUUUUAUGGAGACAAAAAAACUAAUUUACCUAGCAAACCAGAAUGGUUUUUCUCACAACUUUCUUGUUGGGCAGAAAAUAAUUUGGAAUAUUUUGAAGUUUAUCUACAACCAUUUGUUGAUGAGGUUUUUUGUUUGAAUAUAAUUUUUUAGAUUUUUUGGAGUCUC